CGCAGCCGGAAAACGGAACUGCGAGCGCAGGGGCCGCAACUCUGCAAGCCUGUCGUCUGCCGCCGUUUGUCGCUCAGUGGAUGUGCGCGUGACUUCCAGCAUCGUUUGAAUCAGUCCAGCUGGAUGUCUGGAGGAGGCAGGCCACCCUGGCCACUACUUUCGUCUGCUCUCGUCGUUGACGACCGUGCUGCUGGCUGCAGGCCUCCUCUGUGUGGAGGAUCGACUUUGUUGACAUGGGUCCUGGCGCAGUCGCUGUCGCCGCUGGUACCCGACCUUCAAACUUUCCUGGCCGCCCGCGAUACACGUGCGGGGUGGCCCGGGUGGUAGUGCUUACUGUCCUCGUGCUGUGUGUGCGUGAUAUCAGUGCUCAGAACAGUGCUUUCGACAAGCGAGAGUUGGACAUAAACCUAGAUGUAGCACAAGACAUGGCCAAGUCCUUGCGGGAGUACCUAGUGGGACUCGCCACGACACUGACAGGGGCUGGGUACAUGCAGACGUACUACAAGACACACGCGGACAGCGAGCUGGAGAUCAAGGUCCGCUCGUCUAACGACAUGGCCAGUCUGCUGGACCGCGUGCGGACCAAGAUGGAGAAGCUGCUCAAAGAGAAAGAAAAAGCCGUGCAGGAACUCAAAGCAGCAGCGGAGACAGCCAUGAAACGGUAUGGACCGUAUCCAGAGGACAUCAAGUUCGAGGAUGUGCAAUACUACAAUGCCAAGAAAGUCGUCAUCGAGGCGGACAUGACAGGCAUGGACGACGAGGCUCAGGACAAGAUCAAGCAGACCAUCGACUACCUGCCCACGGAGAAAGCCUGGGACUUCCGGGCCAACCACGUCUUCCUCAACAUGAACAUCAGCACCGUGCACGUGCCGACAAACAUCUACGACAAGUCGGAGAAGAUCCUGAACGGUGUGAAAUGGACGGACGCCCUGACCCAGCAGUUCAAGGUCAACGCACAGAACAACUCGGCGCUGACGUGGCAGUACUUCUGCAGCUCCGACGGUUUCUUCAGGAUAUUCCCAGGAAUGCAAUGGCCCAGAGAUCCGGACACGGUGGACGUCUUUGACUGUCGCAUGCAGAAGUGGUACAUUCAGGCUGCGACGACUCCCAAGAACAUCAUCAUCCUGGUAGACACCAGCGGCAGCAUGAUGGGGAAGCGCAUGGCCAUCGCGCAGAGCACCGUGUCCACCAUCCUGGAGACCCUGAGUGACGAGGACUACUUCAACAUCAUAAAGUACUCCAAGGAGCCCGAGUAUGUCGACUCGUGUUUUAACGGCACCAUCAUGCCCGCCAACGUGGACAAUAUCAGACGCAUGCAGCAGAAGAUCAAUGACAUCACCACCAAGGAUGCCGCCGACCUCCGCAAGGCUUUGAUCCUCGCCUUCCAGCUCCUGAAGCAGGAGGAGCGCCAGAUGAACUCCAACACCAGCACAGUGUGCAACAAGGCCAUCAUGAUCAUCACAGACGGCGCACCUGAGAACUACGUCGACGUCUACAAGGAAUACAACUGGCCUAACAAGUCGGUCAGAAUUUUUACCUACCUCAUUGGCAAAGAAGUGCCGGAUGACCGUAAAAUCCAGUGGAUGGCAUGUGUCAACAAAGGAGAAUUCACCCAUAUCUCCACAAGGGCAGAUGUUCAGGAGAAUGUGCAGCAAUACAUCAAGGUCCUGAGCAGGCCCAUGGCCCAGAAUAAAUCCACCCACUUCGUGUGGAGCGCCGUGUACCUGGACUACCCGACACAGAUGUCGGAGAUCAGCGUCAACCCCAUGUCCUUCAUCAGCAACAGGAUCAACGCUGAGUACGAGCAGGAUGCUUCCUUUAAGGGUCUGGGGCUGGUCAUCUCUGUGGCAAUGCCGGUCUUUGACACAAGAACUGUGGUGGCGAAGUGCGAAGAGGACCCGACUAAAAAUCUGCUGGGAGUUGUGGGAACAGAUGUCAGGGUGAAUGACCUGGUGAAGCUGAUACCCACCUACAAGCUCGGUGUCAACGGCUAUGCGUUUGCUGUCACCAGCCAUGGCUACGUGUUGUUUCAUCCAGACUUCCGACCGUUCCACAAUAUAAAAAAUACCAACCGUCUGGCACUGCGACCGAAGUACAACAGUGUCGAUCUGUCUGAGGUGGAGCUCAUCUUCAGCAACCAGACGAACCAUAACCACCCACUCCGCCAGUACCUGCUGUCGGCUGAUGACGGCAGCGAUAACAUGGAGAACCACACGAUGCUGAUGCACUAUGAUGGAAUGAAACGAGCCAGAACGCAGAAAAACAAUUACCAGUUCGGUGCCAUCAAUAAAACCUUCAGGCUGGUGUUUGUUGUUCCUGACGGCUACGGCAAUCAUUACAUCAAGGUGAAGGACAAAGCUGUGCAGCAUCCAGAGCAAGAUUUUGCACUUCUUUUCAACGGCUCCAGUAAAGUGCACUUUGCUCCAUGGAUAUAUUGUCAAGACACCAAAGGCAGCUUCGUGCAGCUGGACGAGGAGGUGUUAUAUGAGUAUGUCAAGCAAGAAUUCUCGAACACACCUGGAGACAAAAAGUUCAUGUAUGAUUGCGACAAGGAGCUGGUGAGGCACCUGCUGCUGGACAUCCGCCUGACUGUCAACUACUCCAACAUUUGGAAUGGAAUCAGCUUUGUGCCCAAGUCUGAAGAUUCUGAAGAUCCUGUGGGAAAGGAGAACAGAAAAUGCCUGCUGGCCAAUCGAGACGACAAGUUUCGCUGCAUAACUAUGCUGUAUAAAAAGUACGGCAUCGAGAUGAUGUGGGUGAGCACGGCGUCAGGUCUGACGCGCUACAACCAGACAACCCACGAUCAGCCGGCGGAACUCGAGUUCAUGCAAAUGAGUUUGAUGGACAAUCGUUACAGGGCCUCCAUCAAGAGUCUGUACUACCGGCGAGCUGUGUACGGCUGGGAGGAGGGCACCCCCUACGUCUUCUUCCUGGAAAAAAGCAGAGGUCAGCGCUAUGUUGUGAUGGCGGUGGCUGAAAUUGGUGAAGGAGAGAAAAAUGCUAAAACACCCAUCGCCGUCACCGCCUUCCUCAUGAAGCACUACAAGCUGCAAGAACUCUUCAGCAACCUGACGGGCGACUGCCCCGAUAAACACAACUGUAAAGUCACGUGUGCAGACACACAUAUUUUAAACUGCUACCUCGUUGACAACAACGGCUAUGUCCUGGCUUCCAACAACCCAGAGAAUGAAACGUUGGACUUUCUGGGAGAAAAAGAACCCUCGCUGUUGAGAGAACUGAUUCGUCAUCACUAUUUUAUAGAGUUAAAUGUCACAGACUACCAGGCCAUCUGCCCCAUUGUUGUUUCCCACCAGCAGAGUUCUUCCUCAUUUCUCAUGACACCUUUCAAGUACCUUCUGAACAUGUUUUCCUGGAUCCUAAUGGAGCUUGCACUGUUUUUAUCUGAAUGGGGCCUGAGGAGCUGGCUGCACUGGCGCUCGGCCUUUGGGCAGAACAGUGGAUACGACGCCGAAGACUGUGCGUCCAAGCCGGAAGACAUGGAUCCGGUGGCCCAGUUCUACCUGUGCAACGUGGUGGUGUACAAAGACACCAAGGAGCUGCUGAACAACACCAAGGAGGUGGACAACCGCCCGUGUGUCACCCAGAAGACGCGCUACUCGCUCAACGUCACCACCAUGAAGGCCAAGAAGAGCUUCAGCGGCUCGCUCACCAGAUGUGGCCAGUGCAAUGCGGCCAACAUGACGUCAUACACUGUUCAGUGGUUGGAGGACACCAACCUCAUCCUGGUGAUGGCGGCGGCCAACUGCGAGUGCGACACGACUGAGGACUCCUUCCCCACUGCAGCCAGAGAAGUCACAUAUGGCGAAGAAGAAAUGUGCAAGCGGCUUCUCAAUGUUUCUUUGGAGCUGAAGAUGGUGGACACAUCGCGUACUACAAACGCCCUCUGUCUCGACUCCAGAGAUGAGGAGGAUUACACUUGUGGCCAGACACUGCUUCAUGCCUCCAGCUCUGUGUGCCUCAUUCUUGUCAUGACUGCUGCUCUACUCAUUCAUUUCACAACCAUGGUCAGGUGUUGAGAAUUGAUUCUGCCAUCGAGCCAUCCACUUUCUUUACCCCACCAACCACCGUUGUGUCUUCUGCACCAACAUCCUUACCAGCCGCUGCCUUGCAAAAGGAGAGCAGUCACGGGUGGCUGCACACAGAGUUGCCUUCCAUAACUUCGGAAGCUAGGUUAUGCUCCGAUAGCCUGGGAUUGGAGAAAAAACAAGAAGGGGAAAAGUGGCGCCAUGCUGGCCAUGGACCAGCUUGUUGUGUCAUUUUUAUUAGAAUUUAACCAUGUUGAUUGUGGUAACAUUGGUUCAGCAGUAACCUCUCUCAUCUGGAGUCAUGGAUGAGCAACCAGAUCAAUCAACUAUGAAGAUCUGAACACGAAUGUGACAUUUCCAAGAAGUAAUUACUGCCUACAAUUACAGACCUGUUGACAGCAUUGUUCAUUGUUGCAGUGUCUGCUGUGAGGUACAGGAUGUGUUAGGGAUGCAAAGCCACAGUCACUGGCUUGGUCAGUCAGAACACUGAAAUGAUUUAUGCCUUCCAUUUGUUUUAACAACUGUACAUCAUAAAAUAAUGCUUGGAAUUCUCUUUGCAAUGCAAAGACUAUUUCUGUGAUCAAUUUAAUGUUUUUCUUUUAUUCACCAUUCCUGAAUAUCAGCCUUUUUCAGAUAUAUUCAAUCUACUGCUCACAUUCAACUCAGAACAUUCCCCAUGCUAUGCUUUUUUUUUCACAAAUGUGCUGAAAUCGGAGAAUCAUUUGUUGUUGCUGCUGUAAGGCCAGAACUGUUACAUUACAGUGACCAGACAAGUUCAUGGGUCACACAAAGCAUCUGUUUUCAUCAGCUGCCGCAGUGCUGCCAGAAUAGCAGCAUACUUACUGUUUUUGUAUUGUUAUUUUUAAACUUCUGUUAUAGUAUUAUGAUCUAUGUAUUAACAUGAUCAUGAAACAACUAUUAGAUGUGAGGUUUAAAAGACAAAUGGAAUGUCACACUUAAAGUUUAAUCUCAAUUUUUUUUAAUUAAACAUUAAUGUAAAACAUGGUCUUGUGAAAAUCUCAAAGCAGACUUUGGUCGGGUAUAGGAAGAUGACAAAUUUAUCAGGACUGCUAUAUCUGUUUUUUCUUGAAAAUCUGACAAUUGUAGAAAUUAUAUGCUUAUGUAAAUAUAAAUGCACACUUCAUUCAUAUGACCACACCACACAAACAAAUGAACAUGAUCAGACCUGAUAAUUCUAUAACCUAGGGUAGCCUGAAAACCGCUUAGAACCACAACGUUUUCUUGUUUACAAACCACAAAGAGCUCAGUUCAGGGAAUGUAAAUCAGGCAGCCAGGCUCAUUGAGUCCGCGUUUCAUGGCUUUUUUCCCCUAAACUGAAGAAGGUAUUGACAAGAUAUGCAGUUCUAAGCCUGCUUUGGUAACUAUAUUCACGAAAAGACUUAGACUGAUUUGAGAGCAAUGCUCAGAACAUAUAUGGAGAACAUAGAAAGAUGAUAAUAUAGUCGUAAAAUACUUUUUAAUGAUUUAAAAACACAAAUCACAAUAUAGUCACGCUCAUGCGAUGUUUCUCCUUCUCUCUCUUUCUCACACACACACAAUGUAUACACUCCACAUUUUUGUUUUUCCUAAUUUCAAAAAUGAAUAUUUACACUACAUAAAUGCCAUCAUUGGGCUUGACACUUUUUACAUACUAGUGACUGGUGUGUUUAUGGUCAUUUUCUUGUGAUUGUAUUGAAUGGUUAUCCAUUUGUUCUGUGUUUGUCUUCAUUCGGUAACAAUUUUGAGAAUAUUUGCUGUCCUGGAGUGAUUAAUCUUUGCCUUUUGUUUUGUCACAGCUUUAUCUUUUAAAAAGGCUCAUAAUGAAUAAGAGAAAUUCAUCGCUCCAUGUAAACACAUUUUUUUGUAUCUUCAAAAGAAUGACUUUUGGAACAAGCCCUUUACCUUUGGUUGUUCACAAUUUUUUGGAUUUGUUUUGAAUACUGUUGCAGGAAAUCAUCAGCUAAUGAUCUGAUGACAGUGCAGAAUGUUGGAAAAUCAAAUAUUGAUUACUUAACAGAUUGUUUUUCAAAUGAACAUUUUCAUUUUAUGCAGCUCUAGAAUCUAGCUUGUUUUUAGUCUGAAUUUUGAAUCCCAUACAUGUGCACUUAUUAGCUCAUGCGUGUGCAUACAUACACACACCGGGUUUUGAACAUAUUGGACACUAAACUGACAAGAGAUGAAUGAUGACUAUGGUAGUUUAAAGCAUCCACUAUAAAUAGCACCUCUUUUCCCCAGAGACUAAUGCAUGCACCGUACGUUUUACAUCAAAUACUAAACUAUUUCACACACUUCUUAACAAACUCAAAACAGAGAUAUGUGCUGUCUCUGCUACCAGUUCUUUUCUCGCUAACCCCAAAUUUAACCUGGAAAAAUGUUACAUGAAUGUGUGGUUGUAGACUAACACAGACAAUACAUUUGAAUUAUGUGCAUGUCUAUGCAUGCUUUGUUAGCAUUUCAGCAAGCUGAAGAAAGCAGAACAAUUUGUUGCACUGUAACUAUGUAUUGCAAACUUGAGAACUACUGUUCAGCAUAAGAAACGUGUGCAUUAUGGUGUGUCUAUGAACGGGGCAGCUUUAUACAGACUUCCAACACUGCCUACAGAGGAGAUUGUCAUAAGAGCUGAUCUUAUAUUCCAUGUUUGUUCUUGGCAACUCCCACAUUACCUUAGUUGGUUUUUUUAUAGUAUUUGCUCUGAUAAGCUGUACUGUAACCUGUGUAGAAUACACAGUGACACUGUGUGAUAUUUAUUAUUACUCUAUUGUUUGUCAUUUUAAACUUUCCUGGUCAAGGCUCUUAUGCUUUUUUCCCAUUUUGUUUACUCCCUUAAAAAAUUUCAAAAAUAUGCAUGCGCGCACACACACACACACCUCCUUUACAGACAUCUGUAGGCAGUCAAUCAUCAUACACAUUAUUGGUUCUUUUGCAUCUUAUGAGAACUAUUCACCUUUUCCUAUUAUAAAGAUCAGUAUUUAAAGGACUGUUGAUUUUUUUGUUGUGACUAUGUCAGCAAUUACAGUGUCGCAUGGAAAUGUUAAAAUCUACCAUGUAAAUAGACUUUAACAAUUGUGAUUUGUUUUCUUUCUUGGACAAUGUUUUUUGGAGUGCCUUUUUGUGGUAAUGUCAAGGUAAGAUUUUGUACCAGUUGGUAUUUGUCCUUUGUUUGGGCCAUUAGAUAUAAUUUUAUGAUUGCAGACGGUGCCUAGUAGUUACAGACACAUUGCAUAAGGUAGAAAACCCUGCCCUUCUCCAUCUUUUUUCCCAAAGUUGCAUCUAAUUUGACCAUAGAAAAAAAUCUUCCCUGAUUUACCUGUACCUGAUGUUUACAUAGAAGAGUCACUGCACUAAGCUUACUAGUGAUUUGCUUGCCAGAAAGAUGAGCAUUUAUUUCAGUGUUUCAUACUGCAAACACGUAAAAGGUACUUUUCAUACUUGAAAUGAGAUUUAACAGCUAAAACUACUUUUGUUUUCUUCAUUUUAUCACUUUUUAAAUAAAAUAUGAAAAGCAGAUGGCUAUGCUGGAAUAAAUUACAUAUUACUUCACAAAGCACUUUAAUAGUUCUACAAUGUGCGAGUACCUCAUUAGAAUGUUGCCUCAUCUUGACAAGAAAUUCAAAACAAAAACAAUUUGCCUCUUUAUAUUAAACCUACUGAUUUUGUUAAAGGUUUCUUUGCCUUUAGCUUAGUUUAAGUAUCUUUUCUUGUGCAACAAUUUGGAGCAUAAUUUUGUUAAAUAUAGUAAAAGAUAAGAGGAAAAUACUUGCAUAAAGGUGGCUGAAGUAGUUCAAAUGUCAGCUGCUUUUUGUCAUUUAUGUCUAUAAGCCAUUCCAGUCCUGUCUUAAUGGAUUACCUGAGGAUUUCGUUCUCAUUAGCAUGACAGGGAGAAAUCAAUGAUCAGCUAUAGUAUCAUUAAGUUAUUUGUUUCCUAGGAUCACAUUCACUUUUAUUUGUGUGCCUGCUUGUAUAUAUAUAUAUAAUUUGUAAGAAUGGUUAACAGAAUGCAAGUAAUGAUGACAUCAUCAGUCAUAAUAAGUUCUCACAUCUCAUGCAAAUCCGGAAUUUCGGCUUAAAAAAAGUUUUCAGCAAGGAACUACACCAAAUGCACAAUUAUUAAUGAUCUUCCUCAAGACUGCACCUGGAAACAGAUUUUAAUUGUACAUCAUAUGCCGACUGAUCUUGAACUGGUGUAGUAUGAUUGGGUUUGUGUGUGGUGCAGAAUUAGUAGGUCUUUUGAUUCAUGUAUUUUAUUAUUUUUGACAAAAUAUAUCAGGAAGAUUUUAAUAUCCACCAUACAGGGGUGAACUUGAAUUCUACAAUCAGGUGAAUCCUACAACCCUACCUACAAUGAAGCAAGUGAUUCACAGCAUGAUGCAACUCAACUAUUUUGAUGCAUUUAUGCAUCUAAACUCUAAAGGAUCGAGCAGAUGGCUGAAGACCUGUUUAGUGAGAUUCCUCUCUUUAUCAUAUUGCUUAUUCAAUGCUUAAUUUUGGAAACACAGGUACACUUCCAAAAGAGUUUGAUUCAUUAUUCAAAUUUCAUGUUGCUUAGGAUAUUAUAAUUUGAUAAAGCAAUUUAAUAAAAUCUUUUUUGAA